UAUUCUCUGCGAAAUUGAUACUGGGAAUAUUAAAUAAUUCAUGGUUGUUCUACUACAAAUAUUUCUCAAAAAAAAAUUUCAGAGUUUAUUAAUUUGAAAAACUUUAUUUCGCAAAACCACCUACAAAAAUAGCUUCCAGCUUCCAUUGGAAAUAACGGAAACAACGAUCAUAAAACUUAUCCAAAAUGGAGUUGCAAGAAAUUCGUGGAAAUUUAGAAAAAAUGAUCAAGGAAAAUAAAAUUGUCGUCUUCUCAAAAAGCUACUGUCCAUAUGCGUUAAAAGCGAAACAGACACUUGACAACUUGACAAAGAAUUACCUCGUAAUUGAAUUAAAUGGACAUCCUCAAGGGAGUGAAAUUCAAGAAAUCUUGGCUCAGAUGACGGGUGCCUCUACCGUUCCUCGUGUCUUUGUGGGAGGAGUCUGCAUUGGGGGAGGAGACGACACGGUCCGAUUGUAUAAAAGCGGAGAGUUAGAAAAAAUGAUUACAAACUGAAUUAUUUACAUGACAAUCAAUUUGUAAAUUAAUGUUUAUUAAAAAAAACAAGAAUAA